UGAACCACCAACCACGAUCAAACAAGCCUCGGUUGUAUUUAUUCUCUCAUUCUUCUAAUAUAAACACCACAAUAUUUUAUCAAGAAAGAAAGAAAGUUUUGAAACGCCAACCCUCGUCUCUGAAGAAGGAAGAGACGCCAUAGCUCUCACCAAUGAACAGUGGGGAUAUCGUUGAAUUGCGAAGAAACUCCACCAACUGGGCUAAGGUAGUGGAAGACGUCGUUAAGCUCGAGAAGAAGGUAUUCCCCAAACACGAGUCUCUUGCCAGGUUUUUCGACCAAGAACUCAGAAAACAGAAUUCUGGAUUGCUUUUCCUGGACUUACAUGGAGAAGUCGUAGGUUAUGUCAUGUAUUCUUGGCCCUCUUCUCUCUACGCUACUAUCGCCAAACUCGCAGUGAAGGAGAAGUGUAGGAGACAAGGUCAUGGAGAAACACUACUGAAGGCAGCCAUUGAGAAGUGCAGAACCAGAAACAUUCAGCGUAUAGGUCUUCAUGUUGAUCCCUCGAGGACAGCGGCUAUGAAUCUCUACAAGAAACUUGGGUUCCAAGUUGAUAGCUUGAUUAAAGGAUACUAUUCUGCGGAUCGAGAUGCCUACAGAAUGUACUUAGAAUUUUGAUACAGCCUAAUCUUUCAACUGGGCUAAUCAUUUUCUGAGUUAAAUUUUAUAUUUAAGAGAAGCUAUGAGUAUUUUUGUUGUAAUUUUAUCAUGCAUGUGAGUUUAUGCAGGUAGAACAAUUGAUUACAUUAAGAAAAAUAAGAAGGAAUCAAAUGAAGACAAUACUAAAAGCUUAAUGGAUUGAUGAUGUAGUUGUUUCCAGUUCCCUUUUGAACUAUUAGAAAUAAGAAUAUUGCGACGUUAAACA